GGCUCCCUCCACAUUUUAGUACAGGUACAGGCAGUCCAGGCAGUGAGAAAACCCCUUAAUAAUGGUCUUACCCGUGGUCCCAGCUUGGUGCACUUUUGUUUCAAGCUUUUGCCUUUGCUGUUGUGUCUUUUGCCAUGCGAUGCAUCACUGUAAUAACAGACUUUUUUCUAUGAGAGCUUAUUUGGAAGCUCAAUAGCGUGGCAUCUUUUUUUCUGGAGCGUGUUUCUUUCCUUCUUCCUCUCUUUUUAGACAACCAUGAUGCAGAAUACGACACCGUCUCAGGCGGUCUUGGCGCUCGCACGCGCUCUUCUAAAACGAGUACCCAACCGACAAUUCUUCUUCACCUUUACCGCCCUCGCAGUUUGGGGCGCCAAGAUAAUACAUAUCUACGCACACAUCAACGCCGUACACCAAAACCUAUUGCAGCGAUGGGGCUAUUCAUUCGUUACACAAGAUGUCGUCGUCCUCACUCUCAUUCGACUCCUCCUUGACCAAUGGUCCACGAAUCUACCCGCGCGGUCGCAAAUCGUCGUCCUCGUUUUCACCGCGCUUUUCAUGUUCAUCAACGCAUUGCUUAGCGUCGUCUCGAUAUCCUUCUACCUCGUCGCCGGCUCCGAAAUACAUUAUAGCAACAUAUCUCUUCCAAACGAUCCCUCCUCCAAAUCGUUGAUGCUGUCGGGCAGCGUCGCAUUUACAAGUGUCCUUUGCGCCAACAUCUUGUUGAGCUGGCUCCUCAAAACACCUUGCUACAAAAUCCAUGGCUUGGUUGCUGAGGUUGUACAUCGAGCGAUCGCCAAUGCUUGGCAAUUCCUUCGUCGCAUUCUUCCCCGCCAAGAUCGCUACGUUCCCGUUCCGAAAUCCGAUCUCGAGGGCCAAACCGAAUCCUUUGAAGACGAAAGUUCCGACGACGACCUCCAAGAACAAAAGAACCAACAACUCAGCCCGUUUCAAUUCCGGUUAAAAACCGCUUUGAGAUCCGUGCCAUUCGCUUUGGCUGCCAUCUUCUUGCUCACACUCCUUUACGCAGCCGUCGCACGACCCUCCGACCGAUCCCUCAUCUUCCUCUCCUAUACUGCAGCAUUGGCACCAUUCGUAGACUUUACUUCUGGACCGACAUUACAAGACUUGCCCACUGUUUUCGGCACUGGCAUUCAGCAUAGCUGGGAUAAUCUCACUGCGCUCGCGACGACCGAGCCAUUCGAUUGGCUGCCAAAUGAUCAAGUAUUGGCUGGGUUUGAGGAUUGGCACUUGAAGCGCCCGCAUUACAAUGCUGAUGUCGACCCAUUGAAGAUAUCUAAUCUCGGGCAAGACCUUGUUCCCACAUUGAAGGACAAGCUGCAAGACGUUCCCAUCCGACAUGUUGUUUUGUGCUUCCUCGAAAGCACGCGAAAUGACGUUUUCCCUAUCAAGAAAGACGGACACAUUUGGGAGCUAUUAGCAUCAACAUUCCCCGACCGCAUUAUUCCCCAAGAGGCCCAUGAGAAAUUGGCCAAUCUCACACCUACCGCCAACUAUAUCACAGGCGACUACGACGAUGGGUUCGGCCACGAUGAAGGGUCAAAGCCCAAGCGCGGCGGCGUUCACUUUACUAAUGCUCAUACCACCGGCACCUUUACCUUUAAGAGCUUGGUCGGUACUUUGUGCGGUAUCGGCCCACUGCUAGCCGACUUCAAUCUCGACUACGCCCACCAUGUCUACCAGCCUUGUUUGGCUCAUAUCUUUGAAGCUUUGAACCAAGUGUCAAACGCUACUGGCACAGGGUCGCGCCCUUUCGAAGACUUCAAGUGGCAGUCGUAUUUCUACUCAGCUGCGACUUUGGGAUACAACAACCAGCAAGAGUUGAUGGAGGCAACUGGCUUCCCCGAGCAGCACCUCAUUGGACUUGAGUGGCUACGAUCUGAAAAUGCGACACAUGGGCCGGUGACACUACCGCGAAUCAACGGCUUUGCUUUCGAAGAGGACCCCCUUGAGGAUUACUUCCGCGAUGUGUUUGUUCAGGCCAAGGAGAAGGAUGAGCGAGUUUUCUUGUCGCACAUAACAUCGACAAGUCACCAUGCCUACAAAUUGCCGGAGAGGGAGGAGUACGUCCCACUUGCUAACGGCCAUGAUAUGCUUUCGCAUUAUCUCAAUACAGAAGGGUAUGACGAUCGAUGGCUGCGCAAGAUCUUAGACCUGCUAGACGAACAGGGAGUCGCGAAUGAGACUCUGAUUGUCUUCGUUGGAGACCAUGGAAUUUCCAUGCCCGAGAACGGUGCCGUGUCGCCUUACUACAACCCUAGCAUCGGCAUCGACCACGUUCCUUUAGUCCUGUCUCACCCUCUCCUGCCUGCGUUCGAUAUCCACGAUGCAGUCCAUUCGUCCCAAAUCCUACCAACCAUCCUCGAUCUUCUCCUCGAGACAGGCUCACUAAACAACGCCAGCCGACAAGCUGCAUCCGACCUCGUCCGCAAUUACGAAGGCCAAUCCUUAAUUCGACCACUCCUCACAAAGAAUGAGACCACCGGCCAAGGCAACUGGCAGUUCGUCGUGGUAAAUCCCGGUCGCGCUGUAGUAACUGCCCGAGAUGCACGUUACCCAGAGCGCCAUCUUGCCAUUCCUCUCAUCGACAAUGUCGAAUGGCGAUUAAGCGAUGUGAACGAAGAUCCUAUGGAGCAUGACUCUGUACAAAGUUUCGACUUCACUUCUUUUACAGAUGUCGUUUCACGGAGAUUUGGCAAUGAUGUUGCGCAAUGGGUUGAAGAAGGGGCUUUCAUAGCGAGGUGGUGGGCGGAGGAAAACCACAAACGCUGGCAAUAUGGGGAGUAUGAUGAGCGGAAAACGCCUUGAGGGCUUUAUAUAGAAGAGGAAUAAUUUCACCACAUUUACAUGUUCA